AUUUUGGAUUUUGUGGUGAUGUUUCUUGACUUCUAUAUUUAAUCUAUCACGCAAGUAAAAACUGAUUAUUUCUCCUGUGUUUGUAUGCAGUUCCUGCACUUCCCCUCUUUUAAAUAUGUUUUUUAACUGUAAGAAUCAUAUAAAUGGAUUGUGUAUCAGUGCAUUACUCCCUUCAUAUAAAUUGUGGUAGAGGAGAAGUAAAAGAUGACGAUAAUGGUAUCCCAUAUGAAAUGGACAACAGUCCUGGAGGGGCAUCUAAUUUCCUUCAAAGUGGGAUGUCAAACUGAGGAUUUAGCAGCACGGGUCACUUCCUGGAUAAGAAAAAUGGUUACAUCAGGAGGAACAACUCUAGCAUCUCUGGGAAAAAUCCCCAACUUUACAUGGAUGCACGGGUUUCCCCUCUGUCAUUAUCUUAUUAUGGGUUCUGUCUCGGAAAUGGAAAGUACACAGUAAACCUUCACUUUGCAGAGAUCGUGUUUACUGAAGACAGAACAUACAGCAGCCUUGGAAGGCGCAUAUUUGAUGUUUACAUUCAGGGACAGCGGGUGCUUAAGGAUUUCAAUAUCGAAGAUGAAGCUGGUGGAGUUAAUAUAGGAAUCGUAAGAAGCUUCUCUGCAGCUGUCACAGAUAAUACUUUAGAAAACCGCUUCUACUGGGCUGGAAGAGGGACAACCGGUAUCCCAGAUUUUGGAGAAUAUGGUCCUCUUAUAUCAGCUAUUUCUGUCGAUCAUGGUAAGCUAUAAAUUCUUUUAAUGGUCUCGUUGCUCGAAUAACAUGAAACUAAUAAUUUGUUUAUUUAUAUGUGUUUUAAAACGUGUGCCUAAGCGAAGCA